GGGAGCAGAGGGGAGCGGACUGCCAGGUCGAGGUUCACUUCACUUGUGCGUUAGGAAGCGGAGCAGCUUCGACCAGAACCCUGCGCCCGUGUCUUUGGUCCCUCGAACCCAGGACUUCCUGCUGGUCCUCCAGAGUCCAGGCGUCUCCGAACGUCUUUGCUCGUGGUCCUGCGGCAGGCAGGAUCGCAUCGGGGCCACUCGCUCAGCGUGACUUCCCUCAAAGUUCAAACCAUCAUCAGCAGUGACACACGCUUGGAAGUGAGAGGAGCACCUCCAGGAGCAGAGGUCCGUCUCCAUCCGACCGCUCGGGUCUGCUGCGACUCACAGGAGCUCCAGGAUGGACUCUGCGGAGAACUCCAAAGAGGACACGGCGCUGAUGAGCCCCAGUCCUCCCCACUCCCUGAUCCCGCGUCUCCUCGUGGCUCUGCCGACCAUCGUGUGUUUCUUGCUGUCAGUGAGCUCCGUCUCGCUUUGCUUCUUCAUGACCUUCAAGACGUCCCAGCUGGAAGACCGAGUCCACGCGCUGGAGAUGGAGAAACAUCUGCAGCUGCACCAUCGUGAGAUGUCUUUCCUGGGAGAAGAAGACGGGAAUGUCACACCUGCGCUGCGGGACACCGUGGAGAAACUUCUGCAGGAGAAGCUGAGCAAGGCUCUGCCCCUGCACCGCAUGGCGAGGGACCUGACGCAGCAUUGCUCCUGCCCUCCAGGGCCUCCAGGAAAACGUGGCAGGAUGGGAAGGCGAGGUGAUCCCGGUCCUCCAGGCACUCCCGGACGGGACGGCUACCCGGGUCCGCUUGGUUUGGACGGAAAACCUGGUCCUCCAGGUCCAAAGGGAAGUCAGGGACCAGCUGGGCCAAAAGGAGACAAGGGCGACCAAGGAGACACUGGCCCAAGGGGACUCCCCGCCUCCGGUGCAUCUGCGGGACUGCUCAGUAAUCAAAUUCUCACCUUGAAGGGUGAUCAAGGACAAGCUGGCCCACCUGGUCCCCCAGGACCUCCUGGAUCCCCUGGUCCAAGAGGUCCUCCUGGAAACACAGGGAAGGAUGGGCCCAGGGGUCCCCCUGGAGAGUCGGGUAUUCCUGGAAAAGAUGGUGUUGAGGGACCAAGAGGUCCUCCUGGAAAAAAUGGUGAAGAUGGAGAAGAUGGUGAGCCAGGCCACCCAGGGCCACAAGGACCUCCAGGGUCAAAGGGGGACCAGGGGACUCCAGGCAACCCAGGUGAAAGAGGGGUGGAUGGCCUACCAGGACUGAAGGGAGACAAAGGGGACAAGGGGGAGAGGGGUCCCCAGGGAGACAUGGGCGAACCUGGAGAGCAAGGUGCCCCAGGGUCUUCGGACAUCAUCGACUUCAAUGGCAAACUCCAGGCAGCCCUUCAGGGCCCCCCUGGACCCCCAGGACCCCCGGGGCCUCCUGGAGCGCAAGGGCCAAAGGGCGAGCUGGGCUUGCCUGGGCCAUCUGGGGUCGAUGGAGAGAAGGGAGCGAAAGGUGACACUGGGUACCCUGGGACUGCAGGGGAGAAAGGAGAGAAAGGGGAGAUGGGUCUCUCAGGCCCAGCGGGAGCCGACGGGCAAAAGGGAGCAAAAGGAGAUUCAAGUUUGGAGGAUAAUCUGGUACAAAUGAUCUCUCAGCCAGGUCCCCCUGGUCCAGCUGGACCCCCAGGACCUCAGGGACCCCAGGGCUUCUCAGGACACCCUGGGAUGCCAGGUCAGAAGGGGGAGCCAGGAGAAUCGAUCAAAGGAGACAAAGGGGACAUGGGUCCACCUGGCUUGAGGGGGCUGGAUGGUCCACAAGGUCCUCCAGGACCUACUGGUUUGGUGGGACUACCAGGCACCAAGGGAGAAAAGGGAAAAUCCGGAGAGCCUGGACUGGACGGUUUCCCAGGGCUUCCAGGAGAAAAGGGGGACCGUGGCGAGAAAGGAGAAAAAGGUGACCGGGGCACCAUCGGAAAGAAAGGCCUAAAGGGGCAGAAGGGUGAGCAGGGACCCCCUGGACUGGACCAACCCUGUCCUGUGGGCCAAGAUGGAUUACCAAUACCAGGAUGUUGGCACAAGUGAUGACUAACAUGACGCAUGGCAUCUGUACAUAUUAAUAUGGUAUAUUUUGCGACAAUACUUUUUGAAGAAACUUUUUUGUAAGGAAACUUUUAAUAUAUUUUGCUCUUAAUACUGUAUUGUGCAUCUGUUACCAACAGAAGUGUUAACAAAGACAUUGUUACUACAGCUAAGGCAUUUAAUCUGUAAAUGAUGUAUAGAAAACAAAACGUGAAGGACGGCUGCCAUAAAGAAGAUAUUUUUAGGUUCAUUUUUUUAGGUUAAAAUAAAAAAGAUUUCAAAUAAAAAUAGUCGAUGGACUCCCUCAUAAGUUGCUGCUACGGUCAUGGUGGACAGGAAGGACAGUUGUGAACUUUGAAGAUGGUCCAUCUAACCUGAUCCAGUGCCGCAUGGGAAUGUUCUGACUUGACGGAGGAUGAGGACACCAAGCAUGUUUUUUUUUUUUUUUUUUUUUAUAAUUCUUAUUUUCCUCUUCCCUGUUAUUUGUUUUGGAAGGACAAUGAUGCCUGGCAAAGGUCAAAGCACAAGCGUCUCACUCAGCCUUAGAGAGGGGAAAAAGCAAGUGAGCAAACGUAUUCUGCAGACAUGAAGGAAGAGGCGUUGCGGCCCUCGGUGUUGAGGCCCACCCAGUCGAACCAGUUUGGGGUUUGACCAGCAGGGGGUAACAAAUGGGUUGCUACACCUUAACAUUGAGGAAACGCGAGGCCCAGAGACACACACACAGCUACAGCGGACAGGUGACACCGACACAGGUCGCACUCAUUGGAACUGAACAGAAAGGCAACAUUCAAUGUGGGAAGAAUUUCAGUAUAACAGACCAGGGAAAGUCUUGGACUAAUUCUUUUCGGAGUAUGCCUUUAAUUUUUCCUUUCUUUUUUGUUUCUUUUUUGAAACGGUCAA